AUGUCUCGUCCACAUCCCCUUGACGCCACAUUAUAUGCGCUGACAGAGGACGAAGUUGCGUUCUUCAAAUCCCAAACUGGGAUAGAAGAUGACGCUGCGCUCAAGAGCCACAUCGUUUCCGUGCAGGAGGAAGCUUACAAGAUAUGCCCUUAUCCAUGCAUUCGUCGAUUCGCAUUCACGAAGAUGUACAUUUCGACAUAUCCGUGCUACGACGACUUCCUGAAACUUGGAAAAGAGCGCAAAGGAGCUAUCUACGCUGACAUUGGAUGUUGUUUUGGCAAUGAUCCUAGAAAAGCAGUCAUGGAUGGCUAUCCCGUCGAGCAGGUGCUAGCCUCUGACUUGCGUCCUGAAUUUUGGGACCUUGGACACAAGCUGUUCAAGAGCACGCCUGAUACUUUCCCGGCACGUUUCAUCCCUGCGGACAUCUUCCAACUGAAAGAUUUGCCGAAGAAAGAAGCAGGCUCUGUCCCUGAACUUUCCCAGGUGCAAUCCAUAGGCGAACUCCGAGGAAGUAUCUCUGCCAUCCACGCCUCGGCUCUCUUUCAUCUCUUUGACGAAGAAGGGCAAUUUGAGCUUGCGAAGAUUAUGGCUGCUUUGCUGUCGUCUGAGCCCGGAUCCAUGAUAUUUGGAUCACAUGGCGGUCGACCUGAGAAAGAGUUGGCGAUCUUUAUGGGAUGGCGAAAUAUUCCCAGAGGUACUGUUCGUGUUGACGUAUCAUUGCUGGAAACGGAACGCCGAGAUAUGAUAACAAUCGAUGCUGGUGUCAAGCAAUACCUUCUCGUUUGGUGUAUAACGGUUCUGUAA